CAUGAUCAGUUUCUUGCCAUCAGAACUCUGGAUUACACUUGAAGAAUUUUUGUGUAGUACUAUUGCAUUAGCUGGUGUAAAAAAUAGUGCACAUAAUGGCAGCACAUUUUAUCAAGAAAUUCUUGGAAACGUUUCCAAAUCAAUGGAAUAAUUUUUCAAAAAAACUGAAGGACAAUUGGGUCAAAAUUUACAUAACCUCGUCUUCCGAUCCGAGGAAUAAUAAAAACGAGCCAAUUGUCCAUUCUGCAACGCCUUUCGGACAUCGUAGCUACGCUUCCGGAAUCAAAAAAGUUACAUUAAUUCCUGGCGAUGGAAUUGGCCCGGAAAUCUCCGAGGCAGUACAAAAAAUUUUUCAAGUUGCCAGUGUGCCCAUCGAAUGGGAGGCGGUCGAUGUUACUCCGGUUAGGAAUCCUGAUGGGAAAUUCGGUAUUCCGCAAGGUGCCAUAGAUUCAGUCAAUCGCAACAAAGUUGGCUUAAAAGGGCCUUUAAUGACGCCUGUCGGCAAAGGUCACCGGUCACUCAAUUUAGCGCUCCGAAAGGAAUUCAAUCUGUACGCCAACGUACGUCCAUGUAGAAGUCUGGAAGGAUAUAAAACAUUGUACGAUAACGUGGAUGUCGUGACCAUUCGUGAAAAUACGGAAGGUGAGUACUCUGGCAUUGAACACGAAAUUGUAGAUGGUGUUGUGCAGAGUAUCAAACUGAUUACGGAGGAAGCUUCCACCAGAGUAGCCGAAUAUGCGUUCAAGUAUGCCAAGGACAAUAACAGGAAAAAAGUUACUGUUGUUCACAAAGCAAACAUAAUGCGUAUGUCUGAUGGUUUGUUCCUCCGGUGUUGCCGUGAAAUGUCUAAAAAAUACCCCGAUAUUAAGUUUGAAGAAAAAUAUCUGGAUACGGUGUGCCUGAACAUGGUGCAGGAUCCAAGCAAAUUUGAUGUUUUGGUCAUGCCAAAUUUAUACGGUGACAUUCUGUCUGAUAUGUGCGCUGGUCUGGUAGGCGGAUUGGGUCUAACUCCUUCCGGUAACAUGGGACUCAACGGAGCACUGUUUGAGUCCGUUCACGGCACUGCGCCUGAUAUUGCUGGAAAAGAUCUAGCGAAUCCAACUGCCCUUCUACUUUCUGCGGUCAUGAUGUUGAGGCACAUGGAGUUGAACCAACAUGCCGAUAAAAUACAGAAUGCUUGUUUUGAAACUAUCAAAGAAGCAAAAUAUUUGACCGGUGAUCUAGGAGGCAAAGCAAAGUGUUCGGAGUACACCAACGCCAUUUGUGACCGGAUUAAGUAGAAAACGAUGCCAUCUUUCUAUCAGUGCUCGGAAAACAAGAGCAAGCUAAAAUACGUUGGAGUCGUUUUUGUUUUAUUUUAAUUUUACUCGUACCCGCCGCCAAAUACGAUGAACGAAUAUUUAUUAUGAAAUAUUUUAGUGUACUUCGAUCGAGCAAUGCCAGAAUCUGACCUAUAUACCGCGCAGUAGUACUUCAAAAUAUUUAUUUCGAGCAGGCAGUAUUACGGAACCGUAUCGUCCUAAAUAGAAUCGACCUUCCGAUUAGUUACCUACUAUUUUUCUUAGGUUGCAGAAAUUCUCAGACAAUAAUCUCUGACACUGAGCAGUCAGCUUACUCCUAUGGGAAUAUAAUUUUAAUUUUCUGCCUGAUGACCAGCCAGGAUAACUGUUAAGCAUUAUUGUUAUCAACGGAAUUAAGCAAGGCGUAUAAAAUGUGCGACGUUGGAAACUAAUUUAUUUCAAAUUACAAAAAAAUGUUACUUAUUCGAACAAUACAAAUCCGUAUGAAA